UCGCCAGACAAAACAGUGACGUCCGUCCACAGUUUCCUCCAGGUUGAGCUCUCUCUGGGUCAGAAGUGAACGUUUCACACAAAUCCUACUUUCACUACGGUCUCGUGUGUGUUUCUUUCAAGAAUGUCCAAUGAGAAAGUCGGCCUCGAUGUCUUGCUACCCAAUAAGAACGCCAGUGGCAGUGGGCUGGUCCUGAGCAGCUCGAGAGCGAGAUUGAGAUAGUUUGGAGACGAGGUCUGGACAUGAAUUCCACUCCUCUAGCGUCCCUAAUUUAGAGAAGUGUAUGCAGUGAGGGGUCUGUGCGCCUUUCCACGUGGAAUUCCGAUAGGAGCUGGGACUGAACUAACUGGCUCGAGUGGUGAACUCGGUUCAGGACAGGUGGAAUCCCCUGCGGGCAUCGCGAGCGAAGUGAAGGUUAUGAGAUCUUUUCAUUCUCUGAGGGCAUGGAGGAAUGCCAGUCUUGGCAGUUUACACCGUGGACAGGCCUCUUCCCAUUCUAAGUGAGAAUUAAUGGCAUGUGCGUUCAAGAAAUUCUCCACACAAGACUAACACGGGAUAUCAAAUUAUCCAUUCGGCGCUUGGUUCGGUGAAGGAAUUCGGGAAUUUUCUGAAGUGCAUUGGAUUCAGUUUGUAACUGAGAAGUGUCGCAUGUUUUAGUUGAAAAAUAAAAGCCAAAACCAUGACAAAUAAACAAAACGGAAAUCUGUAAUCGUUUUUUGAUGGACCGAUAUGUGAGUAAAGUAAUGAUAUAGCCUAACAUUUAACAAAAGGAGGGAGAGAGAGAGAACACACAAUGAAGGAGAAAUCCAAAACUGCCGCAAGGACUAGACGAGAAAAGGAGAACAGUGAAUUCUAUGAACUGGCCAAAAUGUUGCCUUUACCCUCGGCUAUCACGUCGCAGCUGGACAAAGCCUCUAUAAUACGACUGACAACAAGUUAUCUGAAGAUGAGAAUUGUCUUUCCUCAGGGUUUGGGUGAGGCUUGGGGUCACACGAGUCGAACGAGAUCUUUGGACAAUGUAGGACGUGAGCUGGGAUCCCACCUUCUCCAGACACUGGAUGGCUUCAUCUUUGUUGUGGCGCCGGACGGAAAGAUCAUGUACAUCUCCGAGACUGCAUCAGUCCAUCUGGGACUCUCUCAGGUAGAGUUGACCGGGAACAGUAUUUACGAAUAUGUCCACCCCGCCGACCACGACGAAAUGACCGCAGUCCUGACGCCACAUCAGCCGUACCACUCGCAUUUCGUUCAAGAAUACGAGAUGGAGCGCUCUUUCUUCUUGAGGAUGAAAUGCGUGCUGGCGAAGAGAAACGCUGGCCUCACCAGCGGUGGAUAUAAGGUAAUUCACUGCAGCGGUUACCUGAAGAUCCGUCAGUACAGCCUGGACAUGUCGCCUUUCGACGGCUGCUACCAGAACGUGGGCCUUGUGGCGGUGGGACACUCUUUGCCUCCCAGCGCUGUGACGGAGAUUAAGCUGCACAGCAACAUGUUCAUGUUCAGAGCCAGCCUCGACAUGAAACUAAUCUUCCUUGACUCGAGGGUGGCAGAGCUGACAGGUUACGAGCCACAGGACCUCAUUGAGAAGACCCUGUACCACCACGUCCAUAGCUGUGACACCUUCCACCUACGCUGUGCCCACCACUUGUUGCUGGUGAAGGGCCAGGUGACAACUAAGUAUUACCGUUUCCUAGCCAAACAGGGGGGCUGGGUGUGGGUGCAGAGCUAUGCCACUAUCGUCCACAACAGCCGCUCCUCCAGACCCCACUGCAUCGUCAGCGUCAACUACGUCCUGACAGAUACUGAAUAUAAGGGAAUACAGCUGUCCUUGGACCAGAUGACCCCUAGCAAGCCAGCGUUCUCCUACAUCAGCCCUCCGAGCACUACAGACGAGAGGAAGGGCACCAAGCCCUGUGUAACACACACCAAGGCCAAAGUCAGAGUGUCCCCCUAUCCACAGCAGUUUUCAGCCUUUCACCCAGAGCGUUCCGAGUCCGACCAGGACAGCCAAUGGGGAGGUAGCCCGCUGACAGACUCUGCCUCGCCUCAGCUGCUUGACCAAGGGGAGGGAGCGGAGGGCGGUGCCUGCGCCUACAGACUCUACCCCGACUCCGGCUCCCUGUGCUACGGCCUGGCCCUCUCCGAGGAGGACCUAACGCACACCCACACCCCCGCCCAGCCUCACAUCCCCGCCUGCGACCGUGGUGCCCGCUGCCAAGCUGGUCGUUACUUCCUGGGUGCUGCUCCGCAGUCUGGACGAGAGGCCUGGUGGGAUGCCACGCGCUCUGUCCUCUCCCUGCCCAAGUCGUCUCUGGAGAACGGCGAGGGCUACGACCUCACUUCCUAUCACAGCCUGGUACAAGGAAGGGGCCACUGGGACGAGGAGAGCGUGGUCAGCUCGCCUGAAGGGGGCGGCGGCUCCACCAGUGACUCGGGUGAACGUUACCGCAACAGCACUGGCGGCGACCAUUUCCAGGCGAGCCCUCAGGAGCCCAGCAAGAUGGAAACACUGAUCCGUGUCACGCAGCAGAUGAUCAAGGAGGAGGAGAGCCGCCUGCAGCUGCACAAAGGGCCCCUGGACGCCCUGGGCCCAGUGGGGGGUCUCUCCAACAAGAGCCACAGACCCUGCUCCUUCACCCCCUCCUCCCUGCCCCUCCUCCAGACUGCCAUGCCCAGCGUCGUGUGUCGUGGCCCGGGAGUCGCCGACGGCAUCAACCUCACCCUCACCUCCGAGCGCCUCCAUCACUGCAACGACGGCGGAAAUGUUUUGGGUUCCCACGACAACGACGACAAAAACACGGCCAGCCCGGCCUCUCUGUCGCGCCUCAGCAGCCCCAGCUCCGACGGGAUCCCCAGGUCGGGCCUGUCCGUCUCCAAAGACUACCUGCAGAGCCAGACAGAUGUCUCGCCCCACCACCACCCCCCAGUGCAGCAGGGGAGCCCUCUGCUCUACCCUGCCCAGGAGAGGCAGCACCUGGACAGGCACGCGGCCUACGCCCUGACUGGCUACUCCCUGGACCACCUGUACGACGCGGAGAGCCUGAGGAGCUACUCUGGGCUGGCAGGAGCCCAGUACGGCAUGCUGCCCCACAUGAGGAUGCAGGCCGACCAGAUACAAGGACACAAGGGCACAUCGGUGAUCAUCACCAAUGGGAGCUGACCGUACAUGACUGACAUAAAGACAGACCAAUCCUAGCAUCUCAUUGAAGGAGUAAAUGUGGGACUUACAAACUUACUCCUCUUACAAUGCUGGACACUCACUGAAAACUUGAAUAGCCUUUCCACAGCAUCUCAGUUCAAUGCAAGGGGAGGAAUGAAAUUACCCAGAGGGCAACAUUUGGCAUGGAACGUCAUAAUGACGUCAGUUUCUGGUUGUAAACAUUUGUUGUUGUUGUUGUAGAGAUGGCAGAUUACAGUUAAACCUGCUUUUUUAUGAUAAUAACAUCAAGACAUAUGGGAAGGAUGUCAUAUUUUGUUUGCUAUUUCAUCAGGUAACCAGAUUACAAACAGUUAAAGAUGUAUUUUUCUGGUCAAUAAAAAGACAUUGAAACAAUGUUCUUUUAUAACCAGUAUACAACCUGACUAAGGCAUAACAAAAGCUGCCAGCCUGACAUUAUUGCAACUAUUUUGUUUGCUGGCUCUGGGCUCUAUUGGACUCUAUUGGGCUCAGUGAAGUGUGACAGAGAAGACCUGUGUUAUGGGGAAUAUCUUGACACUAAAAUCGGAUCAGACCCUAUUGUAAAAGAUAAACCCAAUGUUUUAGUCCCAACAUAGUGUCACGCACCAGUAACUAGGCCUACCGAAAUGAUCAUUUCCCAAGGUAGUAGACAAUGUGCAAUUCCAUUACAUGACCUCAAACCUGAGGUCACAAAAACUUCAAUGGAGGGUAAAAGUAGUUCUUUAUAAAAAAUACUCAUGUUUUUCUGUAUUUAAUUGUCAACAUGUUGAAUAUUUCUUUUCUUCUCAAUUAAAUGUCAUGUUUAAUGUCAAAGUAGAACAUUUGGUGGCAGGGUUGCUUUAGUUUCAAUGUUGGCCUUAUCUGUGCAUCCCAUUUGCCAAACGUCCCCCUCUUAGUAGAAGUCUUAAGGCGUGACAACAACAAAGUUUAUCACUUUAAACUUCUGGUGCUUCAUCAUGUGUUUCAAAUUGAAAAAAUUAUAUUGUUAUGUUCACUUUUCUUACCCCAAAAAAUAUGUAAAGUAUCUCUUGUGUAACUUUAUUUAUGAUGUAAAUAUGUUCAGAAAUUGCUUUCUUUUUUGGACAACAGGUUGUAAGUGUAUCUAUUAAAUGGGGAUAAAAAAUAUUUUGAUUCUAAAUACAGGUGCAAUCAAACCCUCUUUGAUGUCUUGGUUUUAUUCUGGGCUGUAAUGUGUUGGGGGACUUGGUUUGAUCAAACUGGGGUGGAUACAAGAGGGAAAAAGAACACUUUGAG